AUGAAAUCAGAUAAUAUGAAUAUGUCAGUCAAUAAUGACUUGAGUGAUACCGACAGUGCGCCAAAGCUGCGAAUGAAGCCCGCCAUCAGCAGGAUAUUCUGCUGCAGCGUGACAGCUGCCUCGGGAUUUAUAGCUGCCUAUGCUUUGGUCGCAUACGCAAUAGCUCUUAUCUACGAAAUAGUAUGGGUGGUUGAAUCACAAAGCGGGCUUCCAGUGCCGUCAGUACUUCUCAUGAUAUGUUACUGUAUCAUUAUCGCGGCCACCGUCACCUUGGUGCACGGCCUUAUAUCAAAAAACAACACGUACUUAUUGGCGUGGCUCAUCUCAGUCAUUCUAGUGCUGAUACCAGAAUGUGCUCUAGUCUUCUACAUGUCUAUUAGUCAUUGGGGUUUACAAGGUGUAUACGGAGGUGCAGAGCUGGCGUGCUACGUGGCACGUUUGCCCGCGAUUGUAUGUGGCGUUGUACUGGUGCAGUCCGCGUAUGCGCUGAGAGAGGCACGGAAAGCUGAAUAUGUCAAUGGCGUUCCAGUAAGUGGUAGCGAGUUUGAUGCCAGCCAUUUUGUGCCGGACACGCCGAAUGCUUUCACAAACGAUGGCUUCUUAUCUGACAGUGGUAAAUCCGGUUCAAUGCCAGACCUACGUCGUCACUUAGCGACCCGACAGUCCUUCAACAUGGGCUAUCCCAUGAUAAUGCCCCAACCACCGCCGUACUGGCAUCAGUUAGAACGACAAUACGCUGCCAGUCUACGAGGAUAUCCGAAACCACCACAUAACUUCGGCACAUGGGCACCUAGAACCGUACCAGAUAAUCCUUACAAGCGAAGACACUCAGUAGUAGGUGCUUUUAAUAUCGAGGACUACAAAAACUAUGAAUAUGAAGACAGAAUGGACUGCAAGAGCGAGAUGGCAUACCCCUACCGACCUACAUACAUAUAUGAUCCUAGAAUGUUCCCACCCGACUAUGAUCCUAGAUUCUACCAAGAUUACAAAAGAGAUGAAUACAUGAGAAACGAUUAUUAUAAUGGACCCGACAGAGUGUACUAUGGAAUGCGCAACAGUCAUAAUUCUGUUGGCAAUGAAUCUGAUGACUUGACGAAAUAUAAAGAUGUUGCUCUU